UGACACGUCUCAGUCGUUGUAGAGAAAUUGCACUGCACCUGCUUCUCUCCCCAAAAGCAAAUAUUUAUGCACGACGACCUUCUCUCUGUCGGAGCACUUACCGCAUCCCUUUCGCAUCUAUCCGUAUCUCAGAUUGCCACUUUUUCGGCAUCAAAGUGGCGGCCUCACCUUUUACAGACAUAUAACACUCCAAACUCUACUUUCCUUUCACCUCCCUCUCUGCUUGCGUCUUGACACAAAAGUCAUUCAGCGUAGACAAUCCAGACGGCAAGAAGGAUUUCUCUCCUCUUGGUCAUGACGACAUUCAUUUGACACGCAAUUCACUACUCAGGUCUUUGACGUUUGUGAUCAUGGAUGGUGAAGCGAAGAGGCACAGCAACGGCCAUUCGACAACUGAAGACGAUAAGAUGGCCGAUUUUCCGACCGGCCAGUCUGCCGAAGCCCUUCGUCUUCGAAACCUUGAUGCCCAAGUGCGUGAUCAGGAUGACCUUGAACGAGAUAUUGGGCGUGAGGCGGAUCGGCUGUUGUUCGAGCAAGCCCAUCAACGGGACCAGCAGCGACUCGAGAAAUCCAAGGCGCAAAAGGAGAAGCUACAGAGCCAGAUCAAGAAAACACGAGAUGACAUGCUUCGACCUAUCGGAACUACUCAACGAGCGCGUUUGCGCCUCGAUAUUGAUCGUAUGCAAGGUCAAAUCCAGGACCUGGACAAUGAUAUUGCCGAGAUCGAGGAGAGAAUGAGGGAACGAGAAAAUAACGCAGGGAUGGCAGGACAACACGAUGCGUCAGCCGCUGGACCCUUGCCGAACGAAAGUCAGCGUGACUAUCUAAUCAGGACUGGCAAAAUCACUCCUUUCUCCAAAUUCGGCCUCACAUCGCACGGAGAGUCGUCGACGACUUUACAGGGAGCCCUCCUUGACGCCGAGGAGGAACCUGAACUCCCUGAUAUCGAGCCUCUUGCAGAAGGUACAAAGUCCAUGUCUCACCGGAACUUGAGACAGCCUGGCUUUGCUACUGGUUUCAUGGAUUCGAGUGCGGAAGACGAGAUUCAAGACGACCAACCACGAAAGCGGAGACGUCUCAUGAACAAACUGCCUAUAAAAGACGAAGACUCGUCGUCAUAUGAAGAAGAUGACAUUGAUGAGCAACCCUUUUCAGACUCGGAAGAUGAAGUUGAUGAGGAAAUGCCCGUUACGUCAGGGAAACGACAGAGAAAGAGUCGAAAGGCAGUAGCUCAAGUCGAAGAUGAGAUUGAGGACUUCCGUGGUGUUGACGAUGGUAACGAAUCUGUCUACAAGUCUAGGUUGCAAAAAUGGGCCUUACGGAGACGGCGAGCCCGAAAACAUGCAGCGCGUCAUACGACGGGGGAGCAACAAGAACAGGACGGAUCAGAGGAGGAUAACCCAGAGGCAAUCGCGCAGGAAGAAGCUUAUCUCCCGCACCCUGAGAUCCCGGACACUCUCUUCGAUGACGGCUACAAGCUACCGGGAGAUAUCUACCCCAGCCUGUUCGAUUAUCAAAAAACUGGAGUCCAAUGGCUCUAUGAGCUGUACACUCAACAAGUUGGGGGAAUUAUCGGCGAUGAGAUGGGCUUGGGCAAGACGAUCCAGAUCAUAGCCUUCCUUGCCGGUCUGCAUUACAGCAAGAAGCUGGAUAAGCCCAUCAUUGUAGUCUGUCCGGCUACGGUUAUGAAACAAUGGGUCAACGAAUUUCAUCGCUGGUGGCCGCCUUUUCGAGUCACCAUCCUGCAUUCCUCGGGCAGCGGUAUGGUCAACCUACGAAAUGAGUCCAGCAAAGAAGAUAGGCUGCUUGAUCUUGAAUGGGAUCCAACUCGGAGACAGCAACCGCUAACCGCGGCUCAGAAAGCUGCUCGAAAGAUUUUACGGCCAAUUCUAGAGGAAGGGGGUGUGCUCGUGACAACUUACUCUGGUCUGCAAACGUACGCGCCUCUGCUCAUCCCAGUCGACUGGCAAUAUGCUAUCCUUGACGAAGGACACAAAAUUCGAAACCCAAACACCGCCAUCACCAUCUACUGCAAAGAGCUACGCACUCCGAACCGAAUCAUUCUCUCUGGGACGCCUAUGCAGAACAAUCUUAUUGAACUAUGGUCUCUCUUUGACUUUGUGUUCCCUAUGCGAUUGGGCACGCUGGUCAACUUUCGCAAUCAGUUUGAGAUACCAAUUCGACAAGGUGGAUACGCGAACGCAUCGAACUUGCAGGUCCAGACAGCUUUCAAAUGUGCGGAAACGCUCAAAGACGCCAUUAGUCCAUACUUGCUGCAACGCUUCAAGAUCGAUGUUGCCUCGGAUUUGCCCAAGAAAAGCGAGCAAGUUUUGUUUUGCAAGUUGACACCCUUGCAGCGCGAUGAGUAUAAGAGAUUCAUUGGCUCGGGUGAGAUGGACGCAAUCAUGAAUGGCAAACGUCAAGUUCUCUAUGGGGUCGAUAUAUUGCGCAAAAUCUGCAACCAUCCAGAUCUGAGGGAUCACAAACGGCUGCCAAUCAAAGCAGGAUAUAACUACGGCGACCCAUCAAAGUCUGGCAAGAUGCAAGUUGUUGGUUCACUUCUAGAACUCUGGAGGGAAACCGGUCACAAGACACUUCUAUUCGCCCAGCAUCGCAUCAUGCUUGAUAUCUUGGAGAAGUAUGUCAGGUCACUUUCGGGUUUCAAGUACAGGCGUAUGGACGGUAAUACUCCUAUCCAACUGCGACAGAGCAUGGUUGACGAGUUCAACACCGACCCGGACUUGCAUGUCUUCCUCUUGACAACCAAGGUUGGCGGGCUUGGGAUAAAUCUGACGGGUGCCGACAGAGUGAUUAUCUACGACCCUGAUUGGAACCCCUCGACCGAUUUGCAAGCCAGAGAAAGGGCCUGGCGGUUGGGGCAGAAGCGUGAAGUGGCCAUCUUCCGCCUGAUGACUGCUGGUACUAUCGAAGAGAAGAUCUAUCAUCGCCAGAUAUUCAAACAAUUCCUAACGAACAAGAUCCUCAAGGAUCCAAAACAGCGGCAGACAUUCCACCUGAGUGAUUUGCACGAUCUCUUCAGUCUAGGGAAUGAAGGCGAGCCGACCGAGACCAGUAUUCUGUUUCAGGAUGCGCAGGUCAAGCAUCCUUCUAAGCCAGCCAAUGCUCCUGAGGCCGCCGGGAUGAUUGCCGAGAAACAAUCAACAAGCGUCGCGGGCGAAACCACGAUCGGGGCUCUACCGGGUAUAUCGUCCAUGGAGCAAUAUGCCGGAGAGAUCGAAGAAGAGGAGCAGGCGAACAAGGAUGGCGCCAACAAUUCCGAAGACAAAAUGAUGGAAGGCAUCUUUUCUCGCGCGGGCAUUCACUCCGCGGUCGAGCACGAUGCAAUUAUCGACGGAAAAGCUGGAAAGAAGGUCGCAGCUGAUCCGGUAUUGAUUGAACAGGAGGCACGAAAGGUGGCUGCUGAAGCGGCUAGAGAAUUGCGACGUGCUGGCGAGGUUGCCCGUACUGUUCCGAUCGGCACGCCCACCUGGACUGGACAGUUUGGUAUCUCUGGCCGUCCUCAAGAGACAACAGCACAGAGGGCAUUCAGUUCCAAUUCCCGAAACAGAGUCGGUGGAGUUCAGUCGUCUAGCCUUCUGGCAAACCUGCAGCAGCGCCAGGGAGGGCUUGCACCAAGCGGAGACGGUACCCCAAGAACAGCCAGUCCUGCCAGAUCAACAGACUCGACUGCUUCGAUUUCCAGAGAUGCAACCCCAACCUUGCCUCAAGGCAAGGACUUUGGCAAACUCAUCCGAGAUUACCUCACAACCCAUGGCGGAAGCGUGUACACUCAGAUGCUAAUCGAUCAUUUCAACCGCUUCUGCACUACUCCUCAGGCGACCCUGGAGUUCAAGGAGACCUUGAAGUUGAUUGCCAGGCUGGAGAAGGGAAGCCGGGGACGCGGGCGCUGGGUGCUCAAAGAGGAAUAUAAGAGUUGAAGGGCUGAAGCCCUCUGCCAACCCAAGCUUUAGCCGCAAUGAAUAAAGCGUCAAGUUGAUCACCCACCUCAACGCAUUUGUCUUGCUCCUUUUCCUGAA